CAACAAUUGGCUGUUAUUAAUUAAAACUAGUAUCAAAUGGCUGUAAUCAUCUUCAGAAUGAUUUACUGCCAUGCCAAUGAUGUAAAAGAGUAAUUAAACGAUUAGAGUCUAAGGAUAAUGCGCCUUGUCUUAGCGAAGCAUAGCGUCUGUGGAAUAUGUUUUCAUGUUUUGUCUCAAGUUUUUCACCUGCAGUCCUUGGUGAGUAUGCACUCACUCUUUAGUUGUUCUCUCACAUAAAUUUCGCAUUCGCAUCGUAUUGUUUAUUUUGAUUUUCUAUUGUUUUGUACCUUCUUUCGCGCAAUGUUCGGUUAACGCAAAGUAAAAACAUAAAACUACCCCUUAUCGAACGAUUUUCUCACUAAAACAUCCCCAACCAAACUCUCUCUCUUCUUUUCGCCUUCACACUAAUGGGCCAAGCUUAAGCAUGCUAGACAGAGAGCAAGCGAUAAAAGUGAGCGUGUCGAUGUGAGAGAGAGAGAGCACGAGAGAAUCGAGCAGGGGUGUCGAACAUUUUGCGACCAAAGUGGAGUCUUCUGGAGUGUAGUAAAAUCCAUUCCAUCCAUUCCGUGGUCGUGGAGCAUCAGCUCUGUUCGUUGCGUUUUGCGGCUCCGCUCCGAAGGACGACCGUUUUUUUGUUCGCGAGUGCAACCGAAACUGCAAUUUCGCGCGGUUUGUUUCAUCGUGGUGCGUGAAGGUUUUGUUUGUUCUCGUUACCGAUAAUGUGUAGAAGCUAUUUCGAAAUCAAAAUGAUCGAUGCAACUUAGUGACUCAGCCGAUAUCUGUUUGUGAUCGGAACACGUUUUAUUGUGGCUAAACAACAAGCAUGUGCGAUUGUGUAUGAUAGAAGCAGCGUAUAUUUCAGUGUAACAUAUCGAUAAUACAUAUCGUAAAAUUCAAUAGCGAGCCCUCAGGUGUAUCGUGAAAUUGAAAAUUUUCAGAAAAAAGUGCUCCAUUUUCUUGUACUGUGUUGGUAACAAAAAAAACAAAACAGGUGAUAUAUUCUUCGCUGCCCUGCGCCGUCUUUCGUCAGUGUCAUCCGCCAUCUUAAACACGGUUAACGGUUCGGAACGCUGGCGACGGUUGGCCUAGUCGUGUCGAUGUUUCGUCCCGUGCUCUAGUGUUAAUCCGUUGUGUCAUAAUGCUAAAGAAGGAGAAACCGAUGCUGUCGGUGGCCGCAAUCAUUCAAGCGCAAGGCCGAUGGGAUCGGUCACUGGCCGGAUUGACAGGUACUUAUAAUGGUUUCGAUGCGGCCCUGGUCGGUCACAUGGGUCCGCUCUCGCCGCCUGAUCUGAAGCCCGACCUAAAGCCGGACAUUUCACUGCUGAACGGAAGUGGCGGUGGUCCGUUCUCGCCCGGCAACAACUGUGGUCCCGGCAGUCCCGGCAGUGGUGGAUUCAAUUCCGUCGUCCUACAGCAACAGAAUGCGCUCGUGGUUGGUGGCCCGCUCGGCAAUGGUACCGGUGGUGGACAACAGAAUAUGCUGGUCGGUGGUGGAGGUUCACAGCAACAGCAGCAACAGCAAGGAAGCAACGGUGGUGGCAGUGGGCCCAACACACCCUCCAACAUCACGCAGCAGUACCCGCCUAAUCAUCCACUCAGCGGCUCGAAGCAUCUUUGCUCGAUCUGUGGUGACCGGGCCAGUGGCAAACAUUACGGUGUUUAUAGCUGCGAAGGAUGCAAAGGAUUUUUCAAGCGAACGGUACGCAAAGACCUGUCGUACGCGUGCCGGGAGGAUAAAAACUGUACGAUAGACAAACGCCAAAGAAAUCGCUGCCAGUACUGUCGGUACCAGAAAUGUUUGGCUUGCGGUAUGAAGCGAGAAGCAGUCCAGGAGGAAAGGCAACGGAGUUCCAAAUUUUCGAUGAAGACCGAAGAAAUUAACUCGACUAGCUCGGUGCGGGAUGUCGUCGUCGAUCGGUUCCUCGAGGCUGAACAGCUGGGCGAACAGAAGAGUGGUGACAACGCCAUACCAUACUUGCGAGUUGGCCAGAAUUCUAUGAUUCCACCAGAAUACAAGGGUGCGGUGUCGCAUUUGUGUCAGAUGGUGAACAAACAGAUCUACCAGCUAAUCGAGUUUGCUCGACGGCUGCCCAACUUUUCGAAUCUUCCACGCGAAGACCAGGUAACAUUGCUGCGCAGUGGAUGGAACGAAAUGUUAAUUGCUUCCGUUGCAUGGCGAAGUAUGGAGUACAUUGAAACGGAACGACCGCCGGAUGGUCGGAACGAUGGUCGCGUAACAAUCCGGCAGCCACAGCUAAUGUGCCUGGGACCGAACUUUACCCUCCAUCGAAACAGUGCCCAGCAGGCCGGUGUUGACUCACUGUUCGAUCGUAUCCUGUGCGAGCUGGCGAUCAAAAUGAAAAGACUGGACGUGAACCGGGCCGAACUGGGGAUUCUUAAGGCUAUCAUAUUGUUUAACUCUGAUAUCCGAGGUCUAAAAUGUCGAAAAGAAAUCGAUCAGAUGCGAGAGAAGAUCUACGCCUGUUUGGAUGAGUACUGCAAAACGCAGCACCCGACGGAAGAUGGUCGAUUCGCCCAGCUUCUGCUGCGAUUGCCAGCCCUACGCUCGAUCAGCCUCAAGUGUAUCGAUCAUCUGAACUUCCUGCGGCUGCUCGGUGACAAGCAGCUCGAUAACUUCAUCAUCGAGAUGCUUGAUACACCGUUGUAGGCGGAACUGUCUCCCGAUCUCAGCUCCCCGGACGCGGACACGGUUGCCCGCGAUGCGGCCGGCAGUGACGCCGGAGAACCGGAUUCCGUUCUCCUGCUGUCGACCCUGCUGCAGAUGCUGCUGAGGGAGACGGGAUUGUUUCUGCUGCUAUUGACGCUGGCAUUUCUCAAAGUGUUACUUUCACGUUCUUAAAAUCUCUGCUUUAGCGCGCAUUGCAGCUGUAGAGGUUAGCAAUGUUAUGAAUUAUUUUCAUAAUAACUUGCCUGCUUAGCAGGCAAGAAUACUUCUUACGUUUUACGUUAGCAAAUUAAUGUGCACAUCUUCCGUACAGCUUACUGUUCAAUAUGCCGUACAGUGCAGAUGAUGCCAGAGAAAGAGAGAGAGAUAGAGGUUGACUAUGCAAUGAGUGGAGGAAUCUAUUGUGAACAAAAAUCAAAAGUAUGACAUUGAAAUAUAAAUUUGUAAAAAGAAGUAAUACGUUCAAAACAUAUUGCCCUCUUCGCAGUGUAGUGUAGAUGCACCUAGAUUGAAUGAGUGUAUCGGAUGGAAAAAAGUGAAUCACCAGGGAAGCGAUAAAGCACACAUUUGAACUAUACGAGACCAGAAAAAAAACAAAUAAAAUGUGAACAGGAAAAACAGCUAAACGAACACUACAAAAUAAUAUGGUGCAAAUAGAUUUUAUCAAAACUCAAGAAACUUAAUCCCUUUUACAAAUUAAGUCUACAUAGCUAUAAAGUGAUAGGGGAUGGGAUAGUGAGAGAGAAUCGUUAAACAUACAUUUGGUUUGGGCUGAGGAUAGUGAAUAAAUGGCGAACGUAAGUCUGCUAUUGCUCCAGCCAUGUUGUUGAGCUAAGGCAAUAAGGAAUAAAAGAAGUAGGACGAUGAUUAAUCUAAUUUGUGGUUAAUUUACUAGCGUUAACCAGGCAAGCCUAGCAAGGGGCCAAGCAACUAACUGUGGCCAUUGCCGACGACGUCCAUCUAUUGUUAAUGUUUUGAGCGGAAGGCAGGUGCUAAUCAUUGUUUUUCAUUUUUGCGAUUUUUGUUUCACAAAGCUUGCAAAUUACAUCUCUCUACCAUCCAGCAUUUCGGUACACUCGUUUCGUAGUACACAUUCUAGUGACUCUCUCACUAGAUCUCAUGACACGAAGCAAGGAAUUUAAAAUACUUAUAUGCAAAGCCAAAUGCAUUUCUCUCUCAACAAGAUUCUAGCUUUUUUAUAUUGUUAAACUUUCUGAAAAUAAUUUUAGUGGAGCUAUAUUUUACAUAUUUGAUCAAAAUCUUCUUUUUACCUACCUAAUCGAAAUCUACUGUGGCCUGUAAUGUAUCACUUUGUUGUGUAUCUAUAUAAGUAUUAUUGAGAGUCACCAUUUUGAAAAAAACUAAUGGUCGAAUUGAUGGUCUGUCCCUGCUCACAAACAAACGGACAACACAAUCGUGAGAAAUGAUACAUAUUGCUGAACAACAGUACAUACAAACUACUACUGAUGAGUGAAAAUACAGAUUAGUUGAGAAACAUAAACAAACACAAAACACUCUCACAUUAACAAACUGAAACCGAUGGAAGGAAUGGCACAAGCUGCAUGUGAAAAAGGAAACUAUUUAUUAACGAGUAUAACUACCUUUCUAUGGUAAACACAGCUGUUGUAAUAUUUCUUCCUUCUGUAAAAGGAAAGCCAUUUCCUUCUGUUGCUCCCUGUCAACAUACAACGCACAGUUCCACACCUACACCUACAUACCUGCAAAAUUGCGAUAGGAGCUUAAAUGAUUGUCUCUAGUGUUGUAAGAAGUAGCGUUGUUUUCUUUAGACAUUAUUUAGAAAUUCUGUGCAAUUGCAUUGAACGCUGCUGGAAGAAUGCACGGUUUAAGGACCAGAUAGAGUGAAACCCAGAAGGGGAGAGAGAGAGAGUGGGAGAAGGAAGGAACAUUAAUGUAAAGAUGUAGAGACACUAUUAAGAUGCGAAGAAACUAACGCAUGUUUGUUUGUUAGAUUGUUGUUUUUGAAUGGAAAAUUUACAGCCACCUAUAUUAAUGGGUCGCCUGUGCAAGUGCAAGUAAUGAAUGAAUCGGUGCCGGUGUUUAGAUUGUGUUCCUCAGGAAAUCAGGACAUUGCAUUGCAUGUUAAUAAGUAAGUGAAAAUGAAAACGAAGAACAGGGUAAAUAUGGUAAACGCGUUUGAGAUGAAAGAUAAAAACCAAGAACAGAGCAAAAGAAUGGCAUAUAGAUGAAACUAAUUUAUAUAUUUGUAAGCAUUUCUCAAAUGUAAUAAAAACGGAAACUGUAAACAAAAUCUAAAAUGUAAGCCAAUGGUAGGAAAAUCUUAAACAAUAAUGAAGUACAGUGCAAUUACAAUGGUAAUGCACUACCCUACAUACACACGGGCACGAAACCAUGAAGCAGAUGUGAGUCAGAGAGAGCAAGAUUGCAAGAUGAAACUCUCUUCGCAUGUACAGCACGUUCCCGAAGAACAUAUUCACAGGUUGCAUAAGGUAUGGCGCAUAAGGAGAAAAAGAAUGUGUGCACGAUCCAUGGCACACAGCGGGGUCUGCAUCCGUUCGAAAUUGCCUAACUAAAUAGAAAAGCUCACGGUUCACCAAAACCCUCCCUGAAAACGGUGUCACGUAAGUGGUGAUUAAAUAAAAUAAUUAUUUGAAGUAAAAAAACAAAAA